CUCGUCGUAAUUCGCGCCGCGGUGUACCGAGGAACAAUGUGCCCGACGUACCGCGUUAUUCUCUUGCAAACGUUCGUCAUCGUCGCAUAUGCGCAAACCAGCCAGAUCAUUCGCGAUUAUUUCGUCUACAAGAAGGUGACCAGAGUGGUGGGAUUCUCCUGCGGAGAUGUGGAUGAGGAUCUCCUCACGAUGAAACUGCUGACCGACGCCGGGAUGGCCACGGCGAUUAAACCGGCUGGAUUGCAAUUCGAUAUACCGAGGUACCUCGGCACCGAUCGGACCAUGGGCGUGUUUGUGGACAUACGGUGUCCGAAUCAGAACGUCAGCGGCAUUUUCGACGAAGGUACAGCCCAUCGCAUGUUCGACUAUUCAUACGUCUGGCUGAUCUUCGGGAGCAACUUGAACGACAGUUUGCAGAGCCUGAACGACAGUGGCUUCAGCAUCGUCACGGAUUUUGCGAUCCUGCUGCCGAACGAUACCGAUUACGUCCUCUACGACGUGUACAAUCACUGCAAAAUGCGCGGCGGAUUGCUCAACGUCACAUGGCUCGGCAGUUGGCGAGAGGACGACGGGCUCACGAUCAAUUUGACCGAUUGGAGGAUCAACAGGCGGCGAAAUUACCACGGAUUGCGAGCCAAGGCGGCCGGAAUCGUGCUGCACAAACCAGAGCACAUGAGCUUGGUAGAUUAUCUGGAGGGCGACGGCCUCGAGGUAAUGGACAAUUGGCCGAAAUUCGGACACACUCUUCUCUCGCAUGUCGCCGACGUGUUUAACUUCACGAUGGAUCUCAUCGGGAUCGAUCAUUGGGAGAAGAACGACAGUUACGGCCCCCUGAUGAGCACCUUGAAGAGGGACGACGCCGAUUUGGGCUACUAUCCGUCCAUCCUGACGAUCGAGAGAUACAGUUACGCGCGUGUCAUCUUUCCGCAGUGGCCCACGCGUACCUGUUUCAUGUUUCGUACCAUACCGGCGAUGAAGAUGAAACCCUGGAUAAUACUAAAGCCGUUCGCGGCAGACACGUGGUACAUGAUCGUCGUGAUGGUGGCGAUUACAGUUCUCAUCCUGUCCUGCAUACUGAAGCUGGAACGUGCCGACGAUUACGGCUACAGCAUCUCGGCACUGAUCACCAUAGCCGCGUUAUGCCAGCAAGGUUUCCCUUCCCUCACCGAUCAAUCGGCCAGUCGAAUCGCCUUCAUUCAGAUCACGCUCUUCGGCCUGCUGGUGUACAAUUACUAUUCGGCGGCGAUAGUGUCGGCCAGAUUGAACGAGCCUCUUCAAAAGAUGAACGACUCGCUGUACUCGCUGGCGCACAGCAGGAUGCAGAUGGCGGCCGAGAAGAAUGUCUUCUUCGAUUUUCUGCUGCGGAACAAAAGACCGGAUGUGCAAUACUUCAAGAACUUUUGGAACGCCGUACCGGAAUCGAAGAGAUUUAUCUCGCUUGAGGAAGGCGUGGAAGGAAUAAUGAGGGGAGGCUUCGCUUAUCACGCGGAUCCGGACGAUAUCUAUCCGAUGAUCGAGCUUGCGUUCGACAAGCAGAUGAUAUGUCAGCUGACAGAAGUUCACCUGCUGCAGUCCGAGUUGGGCCUGUGGAGCAAUCUUAAAAGUCACUUUCACGAAAUCUCUAAAAUAGCAUUAUUGAAAAUAAACACUUCGGGGCUACGGCGACGAGAGAUACGUCGCCGGUCGGCCAGGAGGCCUUAUUGCCCGAGCGACGAGAUUUUCGUCUCCAGUGUGACCAUCUACGAGGCGGCGCCGAUCUUGUUUCUUCUGCUUUUCGGCAUGAUAUUUUCGCUCAUCGUAUUUGGCAUCGAGCACUUUAUCUCCCGCACGAUGAAGUCGAGGCGAAAAUCGGGUAUUACACCGAGUAUUACACCAGACGUUAAGCCAGGCAUUAAACGAGGCAUUAAGCAAAGCGUUAAACCAAGUAUUAAACCAGGUGUUAGAACAGACAUUAAAAUCGAUAAGAAAAAUAAGCUACUGCUAAACGAUAAAGGUCCGCCCAAGAAUAACGUCACUCUGAUGCUCCCGGAAGCAAGUAAUCUCUUCCAACAAGUACUAAUGUCGAAGAGAUAUCAGUAAAGGGUAGAUCAGAUCGGAA